GGGCAGGCCGGCAAGAUGCCGGGUACCAGGGCCCAGCCAUCGGGCCAGGGCAGGAGAGGAGCCUGCCUGCUGGCCGCUCUCCUACUCUGUUCCAGUCUCUUGCCACUGCAUGCCCAGGACUACACGCCCACGCCAGGAGCCCCAGGCACACUGGACGUCCCGCCCACACCAAAAGGCCCCCCAGACCAGGCGGAAGUUCAGGGUCAAGGUCAUGCACUAACUAGGCUGGCUGAGGGCUAUACCAUGCUCUUCAUUGGGUUGAGGUGCCUCGCGGCUGGGAUUGUCUCCACAGUAUGUGGCAAGACCAGUUUCCAAGGGAAGAUCUUUGGCGGUCAGAUGGCAAAACCUGGGCGGUGGCCAUGGCAGGCCAGUCUGCGCUUACAUGGCAGUCAUAUCUGUGGAGCAGUCCUCAUCGACAAAAACUGGGUAGCCGGCGCUGCCCACUGCUUCCAAAGGUCUCACAACCCAAGAGACUACAACAUCAGGCUAGGGUACACCAAGCUGAGCAGUCCCACCACGUACAGCAGGGAGUUGUCAGUGUACAAGCUCAUCGUUCACAAAGACUACGACAAAUUCUACCGCCAGGGAAGCGACAUCGUCCUGAUGCAGCUGGAAUCGCCGGUGGAGUUCAGUUCCCACAUCCUCCCAGCUUGUGUCCCAGACAAAAACACAACAAUCCCCAGUCACAAGGCCUGCUGGGCAAGCGGCUGGGGGCAUCUCAGAGAGGAUGGUGAGUACACAGAACAGGGAGAUUCCGGGGGCCCCCUCGUCUGCUUACUGGAUGGCUCCUGGUACUUGGUGGGGCUGACCAGCUGGAGCGCAUCAUGUGAGACCCCGAUCGCCAGCCCCAGUGUCUUCGCCAGGGUCUCCUACUUUGACAACUGGAUUAAAGAACACAAGAAAGCAUCGCCAGAUCCAGAGCCACAGGGGCCCUACAGGCCCCCUCCGCAUCAAAGACCCCCUUCCUACGGGGCAAGACCCCCUCCCUACAGGCCAAGACCCCCUGGGGAUGGGACUCCCUGGAACAGUGACAAAGACCAAGGCACUAUCAUCUGCAUGGCCCUGCUGUCUUCUCAGGUCCUCCUCCUCCAGCUGGUUUAGUUCAGGAACAUGUCGUGGACCCACAGGGCCUUCGACAGCCAGCAUUCCUGAGAGCGCCUCACUGUGUGUUGUUUUUCAUGCCUCCAUCUGGGGCUCCCCUGUCCAACUGAGGCCACACUUGCCCUAAGUCAGACAAAAUACAAAAAGGAAAAUAAACAAAAAGAAAAAACUAAA